AUGUUCCGUAACGCCGUUGCCAGACCUCUUCUUCGCGCCAACCAGCGAUUGGUCGCUACCCGCUCAUUCUCCGUUGCUUCCGUUAGAAUGGGAGCGGGCGAUACCGGUGCUCCCCGUGGUGCUGCUGCAGCUGACUCGUUCACCAAGCGCGAAGCCGCCCAAGAGAACCUCUACGUGAGGGAGAAGGAGCUUGAAAAGCUCAAAGAGCUCAAGUCAAAGCUCAAGGAACAGCGAAAGCAUCUCGAUGAACUCGACAAGCACAUUGAUCAGCUCACCAAGGAACAAGGCGGCGAGCAGAACUAG